AUGUCUGUAAAGGAACAAAGUAAUGAAACUGAAAACUAUGUGGAUACUUCUAUGGCUCCGAGGAAGAAUCGACAAAAUGAUCGCCAGACAAUUUGUUUACUGUAUGCAUCGUCUGUUGUAGCCGCCAGUCUUUCAAUUGCAGUUGCAUCAAUGCAGUACGCUGAAGAAGUUGACCAGCAAACAAUUACAGCUAGAUGGGGUAGGCCAUUGUUUUCUAGUAGUCUUUAUGCCACCUGCUGCCUUCUUUUGAUCAUUAUGGCUGCUUAUUUUGAGUUUCAUCGACUGGAAACAUUUGAAGCAGUAUAUCGAGGCACUGGACCCGUACCAUUCAGUGUAAAAUUCUCCGUUAAAGGCGAAAAAGUUAACCUGUACUUGAGACUUGGACUAGCAAUGUUUGGUUUAAUGAGUAUUGGACAUGUAGCUGUAAAAUGGGUUGAAGAAGCGGAUAUCACUAACGCCUUGUUUAAUUUGUAUUUAAAGUCAAUACUGGAGAUGGCAUUUUAUGUUUUGCAAACACUGUUUAUACUUAGAUACCACAGACUUGUCAUUCUACAAUACAAUGAAGUUAUGGGAGCUUGCCUUGUCCACCUACUGACUACUAAUUUAUGCAUAUGGGCUGAUGUAUCCGUCGGAAAAAUUGACAAAACUCUAUCCUAUGGUAACCAGAAGAAAAAUAGUGAACAGUUAUACAACUACACUCACGUGAAUAUCGGCGACCUUGAUCACCACCAUUUGACAACAGUAACCGGUAGUGGUAUGAUUAAUUAUACUAUCCUGGAGAAUAAAACACACUUUUACAAUUUAGUUGAUAUUUCCUUUUAUCUCCUGCCCACGGUUAGUGAAUACUGUUUACUGGCUGCAGCACUGCUAUAUGAAAUUGUAAUGAGAAUCGGUCAGCCAACAUUCAUUGAAAUAGAAAGACCACAUGAGCCUAAAAAGAAUCAUAAAAUACUUCGAGAUUGCCGAGGAUGGAAUACAAGUUCAGGAUCAUGGUUUGGAAUUAUUACAGUACUGAUAAUUAUUGCAUUGACAACAUUGACAGUCUCUACACCAAAUCAUAUCGAUUUAAAGAAAAAUCUAUGGAAAUGCAUAAUUCUUCUAGCUGAAGAAGCUGUCUUAAGCUUUUUCGGAAUAUUAUUUGUUGUUAUGGCAUUUUAUCAGACAAGACGUUUAAAAUUCAGUAUAGCAACAAGACAAAGUCGUGUUGAUGAAUUUCUUUUAUAUACAGCAUUCUUUUUUGCUGCUAACUAUACAAUAACAACGAUUAUACUAGCAGCCGACUUUGAAGCGAAAGGGAAGAGUACUUCUAACAUGGGCGAUACUGGAAGACAUAUACUGAUUGGUCGCUGUUUAGUGAAUGCAUUUGAAUUCAUACAAAUGCUGUUGCAAACAUACUUUGUUCAAGACAGCUUCUACAGAUGCAGUGAUCGGAUUGAACAACAAAUUGUGAAACCUGGAAGACAAUCAAUUGUUGCUUUGCUGGGAAUAAACCUAGCCUUAUGGAUACAGAAAAGUUUUCAGAUGAAAAAUGCAGACAUAUUGUUUAUGCUGGAGACAAAUCGUGGGACGUAUGGUUGGAUAUUAUUUGUUGUAACAAUGCCUAUUAGCCUGUUCUAUAGAUAUCAUUGCACAGUAUGUCUAUCGCAGUGUUUCAAUAAAUUAUAUGAAGAUGAGACUCAACGUUUUGAAGAAAUGUGGCGUCAUCAAGUGGAUCCAUUUACCGAUAUUCUUGUUCGGUCAACUGACUCACUCAGCGAUUACGAACAUGAUGAGACACUGCUUAAACAAACUAAUGAAGUGCAGGUCAACACUGAAUGUGAAGAAAAACAAAAUCGCCGACUAGCCGUCUUCGCCAAAACCAAGCCUUGGCGAACAUUUGACCUGACCGAUGAAAGUGAUGGAGAAAGCAAAGUUCCCCUAUCGAACCUUAACCAUCAUGCCCACAACAACCUCCAAACAACUAGAAAUGGAACUGGUGUUACUACUGACAUCAACACCCGGAACCACAAUGAGGAGAAUCGUUCUACUCCUCCUAAAGAGCGAACACCUUCCUCAAAGAACUUAGAGAACCAAACUGAUGAUGAUCUCAAAAGUGAUAGCAUGAGACAGCCCUACUUUUAUAAUGAGGAGUGCCUUAAAUUCAAAGCGAGCGAAACCUGUGCAUCAGAAACCAGUCAAACAGCUUCACAGAAAGGUGAUGACUAUUUGAACAGAUGUCAUAUAGGUUCCGAGAGAAACAGCUAUACUGGUUUGUCUAGCCGCAGAUAUUCUUUAGUGAUCUUACCAUCAUGCCAGCAUUCAGACAAGAAUGAGGAACUUAACUCAGUUACUGUCGAUAGCAGAACGUUCGAUAAAAAUCUGCAUGAACAACUGUCAGGUGUCAGACAAAUCCCAGAACGCAGACAGAUUAGACGUCGCAGAACUUUAAAAAAUCUAGAGACUGCCAAACAUAGAGUUUUGGCAGCAGAAUUAGCUCAUCGAAUGGUUAUUGAACGCACCAGUGGAGCAUCACCAACUGCAUUUAGUAAUGAUCCAAUUUCAGCCUUGUUAGAUAAUCCUAAUCAAUUUUCUCCUGAAUUUAAAAGUUCUCGAUCUACCAUAGCCAAUUUAUGUAAACCUUCAGAUACUACCGAAUAUUGUCCAAAAGUCACAAGUGUAUAUGGACCGACGCGAGAAUUUCGCAUAGCCAAAGCAGUUACUGAGACAGCUGCAAUCACUAUUGCUCCAGUUGAGUCGAAAAUUGCAGCCAAUAUACCACUUAUAACUCUAAAUCAAUGUUCAGAACCACCUAACAAAGACAACAGCUCGAGUCCAAAAGGUCAUCUAUCGAUGUUGCAUUUUCACCACAGGAGAAGUGCUGCCAAUAUUAAUCGUGUCUCAGAUGUCUUAAAAACUAAAGAUGAAUUCAAAAAGCAUUCGCUCAAACGACGUUCUUUUAGAGAAACAAACUGGUCUUCAAGAAUCGGUUUACGUAAAUCUUCUAAAAGCUUUAUUUCUGGUUCGUCAACGCCUCAAUCAAAUCAUUCUCGUAGAGACUCGAAAUCCGGACAAGAUAAUUCGCACGAAAUCUCUAGCGAUAAUUUAGCGACCACAAAAUCUGACCAGUCUAAUGAUAAAAAUACGAAUACUGUUAUCAUGAGUUCAUAUCUUGAAGUACCCAGUUCUGCACCAGUUCCACCAAAAAGUGAAUAA